GCUGUCGUUGUCGGCGGCGGGUCCUCCGGCGGCGGCGGCGGGACCGCGGCUCCUCGGCCGGGAUGGCGGCGGUGCGCGGCCUGCGGGUGUGUGUGGAGGCCGAGGCUGAGGCCGAGUGCGCGGCCGGACGGGUGGCCUCGGCCUCCGACUCGGGCUCGGCCUCGGAGUCGGAGCGGGAGCGGGAGCGGGAGGAGGAGCCGAUGGAGGUGGAGGAGGGAGAGAUCGAGGCCGAGGCCGAGCAGCUGGGCUCCAUCUCGGUGCGGCGCUCCCUCAAGGAUCUGCUCCCGGACACGAGCAGGCGCUAUGAGAACAAGGCUGGCACUUUCAUCACUGGCAUCGAUGUCACUUCAAAGGAAGCGGUGGAGAGGAAGGAGCAGAGGGCACGGAGGUUCCACUUCAGGGCAGAGGUGAACGUCACUCAGCGCAAGGUGGUGCUGGACAAGGAGAUCCUGAAGGAAGCGAUCCCCAAGGUUCGUCUGGAAGCUCUUCACGUGACUGGGGUCGAUGAGAUGAGCACCGAAGAGAUCUUUGCUUACUUUAAGGAAUACCCUCCGUCCAGCAUAGAGUGGAUUGAUGACUCCUCCUGUAACGUGGUUUGGUUGGAUGAUGUCACUGCUGCUCGUGCCAUGAUAAACCUCAGCGUCGGAGCAGACACGAGUGCCGGGCCGGGUAAACAGGCCGCAGUCCAGGGCAAACGCAGCUCAAGGAAGCAAGACAGCUCCAAUGAACAUGACUCUUCUGAAAGGACCGAUGAUGAUGAGGAGGAGGAGGAGGGUGAGUUAGAGAAGGAGCCUGCGAACUGUGAAGAGGUAGAAUGCAAACCACUGGCAGACAACGAGUUGGAUACCCUGUCGCAGGCUGAGCAAGCAUCGAUCCUUCGAAACGACCUGCGGCCAGCGAUCAGGACUCCACAGGGAAACAAGCUGCAAGUGAGGUUUGCCACUAAAGAUGACCGGAAGGAAUUGGGAGCUGCUAGGCGGAGUCAGUACUACAUGAAAUACGGAAAUCCAAAUUAUGGUGGCAUGAAGGGGAUUCUGUCGAACUCCUGGAAGCGACGGUACCACGCACGGCGCAUCCAGCGGGACAUUCUGAAGAGGAAGAGCUUCCUGCCUGAUGACGUGGGACUGGCAUCACAUUACAAGCACCACCGCUCUGGUCUGGGCAACGUUCCUGAGGAGCCCAUCCAGGAGGAGGAUGAGGAAGAUGAGGCAGAGCAGGACAUGGAGGCGGAUGACCGGGUGGUGGUGGAGUACCGGAACGAGAGCCGCACCGGUGGACACUUCAGCCCCCGGGGCUCAGACUCUGAUGAGAUGGACUACGAUCUGGAGCUGAAGAUGAUCUCGAUGCCUUCGCCCAAGAAGAGUCUGAAGAUGACCAUGUACGCAGACGAGGUGGAGGCUCGGCUGAAGACCAUUAGGAAUUCCAUAAGGCCGGAAGCAAACAUGACGAUCGUGUCCAGCAAUGUGAAGAACCGGAUUGGAUCCAGGCUGUUGACAGAGAAGGUGUCAGAUGUCCGGGUGUUACUGGAGGAGAAACGUCAGAUGGCAGAGAGACAGCUACCCAGUGCAGGCAGCAGCUCGGUCACCGGUGUCAGGCAGAGGCUGGGGAAGAGGCCGCACUCACCACAGACCAUCAGCGUCAGCCGGCGUGAGCCUCAGACAGACGUCCACAGCAGGCUGGGGUUUCCCAAACAGGACAGCAGAAGUUUCCCACAAGACAAGGGCAAGAAAACCGGGGGUUUGUGGAGCCGUCUCGGGAAGGUCCGCAGCAAAGGGGAGAAGUUGCCCGAGAAGGAGGCGGAGAAGGAAGCUCCUGUGGAGAAAGGGGACGAGGAGACAGUGGGGGGAGAGGAGAGAGACGAGGAUGGCGACACAGCUCUCCAGCGAGCCUGGGGCGCUCUGAUCAGGGAGAAGGAACGCUCGCACAAGAAAAGUCGGCUGGACAACCUGCCGUCGCUCCAGAUCGAGAUCAGCCGGGAGAGCUCCACCUCUGACAGCGAGUCGUGACUUCCAGGCUCCCUGGCCAAGAACUCUGGUCCUCCACAAAGAGAGGUGGUAGCUCUGGGCACCCCAGUGGACAGUCAUCAGCCUUGGGCUGAAAUCUGGCGUGUGUUUCAUCCUCCCCUCCGCCCUGAGCCCCUCCAUGUUACAGUUCAUUUUCUGACUGAAUUAAAUUUAACCUUGAAGCCA